AUGAGACUAGAACAUGAAAGCGACGCCGUAGCUGCUUUAAAUGCAUUGCUAAUUGCUAAUUAUAGCAAUAAAUUUAAUGUGCUCUCAAAAUUUUAUGGUCGUUAUGAAAUAUUUUCAUGGAAGCUCGAAAUAUCUGCUAAUGAAAAGUUACAAAUUCCAAAAAUUUUGGAAUAUUUCAAUCAGAAUAAAACAUGA